AUAUUUUCAAAAAUAAAGAAGAUGACAAAGACAAAGACUUUUGGACAUUGUGUUGUAGAGUUGGUCAAAGGAACUGAUGACGUCUACUUCCUCAAGCUCAAUGGUGAUGAGAACAAGUUCAACCCAGUCAACAUCAAGAACAUCAAUGAUGCAUUGGACUAUAUUGAGAAGAUUGAAGAAGCAUCUUGUUUGAUCACAGUUGGUACCAACCAAAAGUUCUACUCAACUGGUUUGGACUUGGAUUGGAUGUUGCAGGCACCAGUCGAGGAGAAAAGAUCAUUCAUCGGAUCAUUCCACAAGCUCUUGGGUCGUUUCUUGACAUUCCCAAUGCCAACAAUCGCAAUUCUCAAUGGACAUACUUAUGCUGGAGGUGCAAUGUUGGCCUCAGCACAUGACUUUAGACUAAUGAGAAAGGAUAGAGGAUUCUACUGUCUCCCAGAGGUCGACAUCCACAUCCCCCUGACUCCAGGAAUGAAUGCCAUCCUGCAGGCCAAGAUAUCAGACUCCGCAACUUAUAGAGAUGCAGUUCUUAGAGGUAUGAAGUUCAGUGGAAACGAGUGUGUCAAGCAUAAGAUUGUGGAUGCCGCUCUGGAAGAGUCUGAGCUGGUGCCACAUGCACUUGAGCUGGCGUCAAAGGUGGCACCAAAAGGCAAGGACAGAGACACCUUUGGAGGACUCAAGAGAGAGAUGUACAAGCAUCCAUUCGCCGUUCUCCAGUUGCCCACUCUUGGUGAGUCUGAGAAGCUUCUU